UUCGAAAAAUCUAAAGAACCGAAAUCCAAAUUCUAAAGAAAAAUUAUUUUCCAUGAAUUCCCCGUCUUUGAAGCUGUAUUAAAUCCCUGAGCGAGUCCUGGAUGAACAGGUGUAUUCCCAUUCAAAAAACCGUGACGUAAAAUCUAAGAUGGCCGCCCAGGUGCGACACGUCAGAUGAUGAACCGAACGAAUCAAGUGAAUUAACCACACAUUGACGCAGUAUCACGUCCAAUAGCGGAUAGAGCGCACAUGCGCCCUUGUCAGUCGCCACCAACAAGUCGUACAAAAAUGAAAAUGGCCGCCGAAGUGAGGUGGCUAGUGUUAUUUAUCGGUUUAUCGUUGUUUUUGUUGGCAAAUGCCGAUGAUGUGCAUAGAAAAUUUGAGUACAAAUAUUCGUUUAAGCCACCGUAUCUCGCUCAAAAGGACGGGAGUGUACCUUUCUGGGAAUAUGGAGGAAAUGCUAUUGCUAGCUCGGAGAACGUCAGGGUUGCACCGUCGUUGAAGAGUCAGAAAGGUGCAAUAUGGACGAAGAAGACGACUGACUUUGACUGGUGGGUGGUAGACCUUGUGUUUCGGGUAACGGGUAGAGGAAGAAUUGGGGCUGAUGGUCUUGCCUUCUGGUACACAACUGAUAAGGGACAUUACAAUGGCACUGUCUUCGGUUCCUCAGACAUGUGGAACGGUCUGGGAAUUUUCUUCGACUCAUUCGAUAAUGACAAUAAACAUAAUAAUCCGUAUAUCAUGGCUGUGCUGAAUAACGGGGAUAAGAUUUUUGAUCAUACGAAUGAUGGAAGCACACAAUUGCUGUCUGGGUGUCUCCGAGACUUCCGUAACAAACCAUUCCCGACGAGAGCUAGGAUUGAAUAUUAUAAAAAUACUUUAACAGUUUUAUUCCAUAACGGAAUGACGAACAGCAACGACGACUACGAAAUGUGCUUGCGAGCUGACAAUGUUUACCUGCCCAAGCGUGGGUAUUUCGGUGUGUCAGCUGCCACUGGAGGUCUAGCUGAUGACCACGACGUCCUCCAGUUCCUCACGACGUCGUUACAUCCGCCUGGGGAACUGACGACAGGUGGACGUCAAGUUUCCAUCGAGGAGGAAGCGAAACUCAGUAAAGAGUACCAGGAGUAUCAGGAGAAAUUGGAGCAGCAGAAGAAGGAUUACAAAAAAGAACACCCAGACGACAACAAACUGGAUUUCGACGACUUCUUUGAGACCGAUAGUCAGCGAGAGCUCCGUCAGAUCUUCGCAGGUCAGUCCCAGAUGUUCGAGGGCCUUCGGGAAUUGAACAGAAAGCUGGAUGAAGUGGUGGGCCGUCAGGAGCGCACCCUCUCCCUCAUUUCCCAGGUGCAAAUGGGAGGUGUUCAGGUAGCAGGAGGCCAACCAGGUGCUCCUCCCCAGCUUAUCGAUACAAUUCGCCGCCAGGAGGUAGACGCAGUCCUCAGCAAUCAGAACAUUAUCAUGAACACAGCCCGGGAGAUAAAAUCCUUUGUCGGAGAAGUCCACUCCAAGGCCGAGAGCAUUCUCACCAAUCAGGCGAGACAACCAACGGCUCAAGUACAGCCCAUUGGCUACGACUAUCAGUCGUUGGUGUCCGAGAUGAGGGAUGGACUCAAUCAGAUCAAGAGAGAUGUCUCACAGACGUACGCCAAAGUCACGGGAACAACUCCUGGGGCAUGCCCCAACGUCAAUUGUCUCUCUACCACCGUGUUCGUGGCCAUCCUGGUCAUUCAGAUGAUGAUUCUGCUGGGGUACAGCAUGUACAGGGAUAAUAAGGAGGCGCAGGCUAAGAAACUUUAUUAGGAGAAGAAGAAAUGAACUGCUGGAACGUGGAACAAUGGUAUUCCGGAGAGAUUUUGAGAGACAAGGUCCUGUUUUUGCGGCUGGGGGAUGUCUAGGGGAGGUAGGAAUUUUUCCAUCCCCCUCGAAUUCUGAAAUAUUCCUAAUUAUUUCUCCAAAUAUUUAAAAAUAUAUAUGAGGGCCAGUAAGCAACAGAACAAAUUGUGAGAAUCAAUUUUUUUAUGUGAGAAUUCCUAGAGCUACAAAAAUAAUCGAAGAAUUUACAUAUCUCCUGUAGAUUUCGCUAUUGUUCGCAAAAACAGAUCGAGGGAAGAAUGAGGUAGAACGAUAUUUCACCACUAUACUGCAUGUUCAUUUCAAGGGGUAAAACAAUGAAAUUGUGGUCGCAGGGACUUAUUUAAUGUUUGAAUUUUAUCCAAAUAAAUUCAAAUAAGGCAGAGGUGAGUGGUUCAGUGAUGAAAACUGAUGAGACCAAAGGGUUUUUUUUUCGUCAAUUAUUUGACGUAUUCUUUUUUUGUAAAGUAAUUAUUUUGGGGAAAAUCGCAAAAUUGGACACUCAAUAUUUUUGGACUCAUCGAUUUUCGUCAACUCCCCACGCAAUUGGUGUUUAAUAUUUUCGAAAUAUGUUUCGACAUUAACUCGCUCGCAUUUUCUACACUAUUUUUUUGUAAUUACCGUAGUUGUGAGAAUUUUGUAAAAAUGAGAAUAAUAAAAAAGGCAAUAUGAGGAUUAUUUCCUCGUUAAUGAAUCACAUUUUUGUGAGGGAAUCAUGUUUUGUUGAAUAAAAAUGAAAAAUCAAUGUUGUCAAAAUUUUUGUUUAUGUUAUUACGCUAUUACACAAAAAAUAUAAUUUUUUUUUUUCAGUGAACGACCAAAUUCACAUGACUCUUUGAUAUUUUAUAAAGAAAAACUUGGCCAACAAUCGAUAAUAAUAGAAUAAUGAUGAGCAGAGUCAUGCCUUGAACAAGAUAUUAUGAUCAUUUUUGUCGUACACUUCUUUUAUACGAAGGCCAUGUCUGGAGGCGCACACUUGGGCUUUUUUUUUCUUUUUUUCGGGGGAUGAUCCGCCCAUUCUUGUAAAGACCUAAUACUCGUCUGUUGUAAUUACUACCGGAUGGACUAUCAUUUCCUUAUUCGUCGGUUAGAAUUUUUCAUUCGUGAUUGUACGUGAGUGUUCGUUGUGAAUGUGGAAUUGGACUUUAUGAGACUUGUAACGAAUAUUCCAUAUUGCAUAACAAAUGUCAUUGCAUUUGUAAGAGUUUAUUAAAGAUUGUAAAUGUAUAAGAUGAUGUAAUGUAAUAAAAUAUCAAACAAA